AUGCAGAGAUUCACUAUUUGUUUAUAUUCCAAAAGGUGGUGACAUAUUCAACAAUAUUUGAUAAGAGAAAUAUUUGAUUUUGUAAGCAUAUUUCAAUAAGUGCAACGCGUUCAUAUAACAUGCGACGUAAAAGAAAUAGAAAAAGUAUGCCCAUAAAUUUGUUGCGGCAGUAUCAACGUGAGCAACGCCAUUUGACGGCCGGGAAUAAAAAGCCGGGAAAGAAAAAACGUUUGCCAAAAUUAAAUGCGGAAAUGAGAGAUCAUGACAUGUUAGUUCGUGCCACUGAACUUAAGUUGCAACAAAUUUUACAAUCUGAUGAAGUACUCUCAGAUAUUCUAUGUGAUGUAACGCCCGAGGAACUUCAGGGUGAGAUAGCUAUAGCGAAUGGUUAUGCGACUACAGUUUACGUUGAACGUGAUGGAUUAUCAACACUGACAAUAAUUUUGCCUCAAAAACAGCCAACAAUCGCUAAUUUAAAGAGAGCAAUCGAAUCAACCGCACGUGUACAACACAAACGAGAGUUGCGUGAGCGAUAUGAAAGCCGACUACGCAGACGACGUAUGUCCGAAGAAGAAACUGGAAAUGCGAGCAAUAGUGACGAUGACUCCGACCAUGCUGACAACAGAGUGGCACCAUAUCAGAAACGGCAACAGCAGCAGGUUGAAACUAAUGCUGUUUGGUUGGCGGCCAACAGAAGCACCGGAGAAUUCGUUUACUCCACAACGCGCUGCGGUCAUCCACACAGAACGACGGUUUCAUGGCGUUUUCUAUGGCGCGCCUACAUGUUGAUCGACGCUCAUACCAAAACGCCGCUUUACGACCACGACGGACGUAAAUUGUUGAGUGAAUGUGGCAUAGAAAACGGUCAAACAUUGCGCUUUUGUAAACGUGAAAUCUAUUACAAACGUCACCGUCAAUAAUCAGUGCACAAAUUGUAUACAACAUAAAAUUACCAAUAAAUGGAUUACCUUAGUUUGAAAUAAAUCCAACUUCUGAAAUACCAAAAAAUAAAAAUAAAAAUAAAGUGAAUAAA